UGGGAGAGAACAGGGCUGAGGGAGGCGGACUCCAAUUUUGGGAAAACAGACAUGGAAGCGGUCAGGGAUGGAACCGGUGUUAGAGGAAGCAGAUGCAGCUUCUCUGUGCCGCCCUGCCCGGGCCCCAGAGGACCGGGCGCCCUUCCUCCUGUGCCUCUGGUUCUCCUGGCUACCGGGAGGGGUGGGCAGCCCCUGUGCACAGAUCAGGUGACAUCCAAAGGCUGUGACCAGCAACACGGGAAAAGGCAAAGGGACCAAGGAAGAGGAGCAGGAGCUGCGCGGCGAGGAGGAGCCCCCCCAGGCCGGCCCCGCGGAGGAAGACGGGGGAGAGGCCUUCGCCUUCAGGUACAGCCCCGGGAAGCUGCGAGGAAACCAGUACAAGAAGAUGAUGACCAAAGAGGAACUGGAGGAGGAGCAGAGAGUUCAGAAGGAACAGCUGGCGGCCAUCUUCAAGCUCAUGAAGGACAACGAGGCGACCUUCGGGGAGAUGUCGGCCGGCGACGUGCAGGAGCAGCUCAGGCUCUACGACAUGUAGGCCGCCUCCCGCGCCGGCCCGCGCUCCGCUCCCGCAGACCCUGGCAGGCGUCCCUUGCUCCCACUCACCGAGAUGCAGAGGUACUUCCCGACCGAGCUGCUCCGUUCUUGCAGCUUCUCCACCUGCCACCUGGGUGCCCCCCCAAGGCCGUGCCCUGGCCGAGCCCUUCCGCGCAGACCCCGGGCAGGUGGCGGCUCCAAGGCCCAGCCCCGCAGCACGCGGUGUGGAAAGGAUUCGGGGUGCUGUGGGGUCCAGUCUAAGAACACUACACCUUGUUCUUUGAAGGAUCUCUGGACGUUUCUGUGACUGUACAGAAGCCAGCAGUGGGGGAGCCUUCUUUUAGCCACAAGCCUGAUUCAAGGACUUUGCGUCCCAGAACGAAGCAGUAGUAUCUAAGAGUUGCUCUGCUUUAAGCAUGAGAUUUACUUCACAUAUAAUUCAGGUUUAUACGAAUGUUGAUAAUACACCUAGGAUGGCGCUAGACACUGUCAAUAGACAUAUAAUACGCGACACAGUCCCUGCCCUGACAGGGAUUAAAGUCCUCUGGAGAAGAUAGGCACGUGCGCAGGAAAAGAGGGCCCCGCCGCACAGCUUUCACUAAAAUGCCAAGUGACCUCACGGGGAGUGUCUGGGAUACCUCAGCACUUCGAUAAAGUUCUGUGAGUCAGUGAAGGCAUGAUGACAGAAAUAAGAUGGUUCUUCCGUGCUGCCCAGGUUCUGUUUCUUUUUUUUUUAUCUUUUGGCCAUGCCUGCAGCAUGCAUGAGUUCCUGGUCCAGGGAUCGAACCCCAACCACAGCAAUGAUGAUGAUGCCGGGUUCUCAAUCAACCUAACCAGCCGAGCCACCAGGGAGCUCCCCAGGUUCUGAUUCCUUUUUUUUUCUUUUUAGGGCCGCACCUGUGGCAUAUGGAGGUUCCCAGGCUCGGGGUCGAAUGGGAGCUGUAGCUGCCGGCCUCUACCACAGCCACAGCCACACAAGUUCCGAGCUGCAUCUGCGACCUGCACCACAGCUCACAGCAACACCAGACCCUUGACCCACUGAUUGAGGCCAGGGAUCAAACCCUGGUCUUCAUGGAUGCCAGUCAGGUUGGUUAUCGCUGAGCCACAACGGGAACUCCCCCAGGUCCUAUUCUGAUCACCCCACUGACAGAAAAAUACCAUAGCAAACUGAGUUAAGGAGGGUAUGCUAAAGGGAUAACCUAAGAAAGUUCCUGAAAGUACUUAUUUGCUGAAAUGAAACUAAACACACUAAAAAGCAGCAGUGGCAUUUUACAUACCUCAAGCUAACAACUGCCAUGGGGGGGCGGGGCAGUGAACCUUCUUUUAGCAUCUCUUGCUUGUUUGGGUUUUCCCAGGCCCCCUCACUGCUCUGUCCCUGAAACUGCUUUUGCUUCUUUCUGCCAGUCCCACAGAGGGAGGGUCUGCUCUCUGCGGUUAUAUCCAAAUGUCAGGGGGUUUUAAAAAAUCUUUGUCACUGCUUUUUAAAAAUGUUAUGAUUUAAGUAUCAUUGGUUCCUUCUUGAAUCCUGGGACAACCCCCCCACCCCCGGCCGGUUGCUUUUAUCUCCCUGCCCCCAGGUGUGAGUCAGCAGAACUUACCUCGCCCUGCAGCCGUUAUUUCUUUCCUCACCUCCUUUUUCCAGUCCUUCUCUGAUUACACCAAACACAUAAGAAUGACUUGUGGGUACUUGAGUUAAAAUUCUCAUGGCCAUGGGAAAAAUCAUCGGAAGGAAACUUUCUUGGUUCAGCUACGAUGUUCCACCCACAAAGAACUGCAAACUCUUUGGCUUAAACAAGAGGAGAACUGGGUCACAGGAGGAGUCCAAAGGUAGAACAGCUGCAGGUCCAGAAGAGUCAGGGCCCAAGUUGCAAUUCUUAGCUUGGUCUUCCUUGAACUGUGGACUUUUGUCACAGACUAGCUCUCCUCAUGGUUCCAAGAAGGCUGCAGGAGUUCAGGUGUCAUAUCCAGAAGCAGAAAAAGGGCCAUCUCAUGCUUAUGUCCUUAGGAAUGGGGGAACCACUUCAGGUGCACCCCCCAUUCUGGGUCCCAAUUGGCCAAGAUGCCAUGUGUCCACACCCUCACCAAUCCCUAGCAAGGAGAUGGGGCCACCAUGUCUGGCUGAGACACCUGGGGCUGGGGCCAGCAUCUCCUGAGCACAAAGCCACCCAGAGGAGAGGGUACCUGGGGGACCUCAUUGGAGCUCUGCGAGAAAGGGGUGGGAGGGAUGGGUACUGGGUGGACAGGACUAUUCUGUCACUUAGCGGGGACUUGGAUAUCAGUGUCUGAGGAGCAUACCUGACGCUCCUCCUGGGUGGUGGCUCUGUUGCCCAGAUGCUGGGCCUCUGAUGCUUCCCAAAGCACUACUAGCUUGCUACAGCUGCUGGGUGGCUCUGAUUUCUAGAUUAACCUCAGCAGUGAGUGAUGGCUUGAAACAAGAUCUUAAUUUCAUGCUAGAAAACAACCUGAGCAGGAAGGGAAUCGAGGUAAUGCCAGGGAAAGCUCACCAAAUUCAGGAGCCUCGGUGAAAGCCAAAAUACUAACCCCGUCUGCAGCACAACUUCACUUGUUAAUUAACUGCUCAUUUCACUCACUCUGAGGAACCACGCACAAGGGAAAGGAAAAACACGCGCCUGCAGAUUUGACCAAUCCCUUUCCACAGCCGCUAUCCCUUCCCGGAGUCUCAGAGGUUUGAGCACCUGCCAAUCUACCGCGAGGGCAGAGCUCUUGAUUGCUAUUGGGCACUAACGUCCUCCCAUAGCUUCCCCCCGCCCUCCAGCCCUCCUCGCUCCCAGGAGGGAAGUCCGGGCUGUCGGUGGCGUCCAACCAACAGUAACUGACAAAUGGCUUUGUCCAAUAAGGAGCGUGGACUGGCCCGUCCCGCCCACAGGAGGCGUCUCCUCGCCGCUGCAAAGGCCGUAGAGGGCUGACAGGAGGCUCAGGCUGCGGUCGGGUGCCCCCCCUCACCCCCCCCCCCCCGCAAGCCCCCCGGGGCUCAAGUCUGGAGAACCGUCCCGCACCGAGUUGCCAGCCGCGUCCCCUGCUGGCGUCUUGGUUCCCGCAGCUUAGCAAACAGCAAAACCUGAGCCUCGCGCCGUGCUAGGCCCACGACACAAAAAGGACUCCUAGCCGGUCCCUGCACCCCAGGAGCCCGCCAUCUCCACCUUCCCCCAGCACUCCCCGAGGCUGCCCGUAGGCUCCCAGACCCCUGUCCUGCUGCCGGAAUCGCACACCCAGCCCCCACCCUUGUUUUGCACCGCGCCCAGGACGAAAUCCAGCAGAUCCUUCUGAGCAGGCAACUGCGCGCACCCAUGUUCUCACCACGGUGUCUUUGGUAUUGGGCUGGCCUUGGCGGAGGCGCCAGGCGCCGCCGAGAGCCUCACCUCUGCUUGCCCUUUCACACCACGCCGCAGGCACUCAGGCUGAGCUUUCCUGAGGCUGCAUUGAGUUAAGGUGGACUCCCACCCGGCCUGAGUGACCAAGUAGUUUCCAUUCCCACUCCCAAAUCCACCCCGCCGCUGCAGGUCCCACCAGCACCGAAGCUUUGGGCCUGCCGGCAGCCUGGGUCCUCUGCGAGUGAAAAAGAGAGCCAGGCUGGGUCGUCAGGCGUCACUGAACUGUUAGGUAACCAUGAGUCCGCAAUCAGAGUUUUUUGUAAAUUUCAGUUUUCCUCACCUCUUCAUGUACUCUUUCCUGAGCGCUCCAAAAGGGCACAGGUUUUAUUGACAGGCUGUCAGUCAUUUAGCUUCUUCAAAGGCUGAUCAUAUUCACCUCGGAACUGUGCUAGGUGGCGUCUUGGGGUCUCUUGUAAUCAGCUUCAAUGAUACUGCAAGCUCAGUUGCAGAAGGAGGCAGCUGGCAAGGGGAAUCAAAUUAAGAAAAUUGUUCCAGGAAGAAAAGGUUUAAUGAAGGAAAAGGGAGCAAGAGGGCAAAGCACAUAGGAUUCAAAUUUGAAUACCGAGUGGUGUGCACUGGCACAUUGAUCCUUUCAGGUAUUUAUCAAGCAUUUAUUAAGCCUGUCUUCAAGCAAAAACGCUCUGCUAGAUGAUGUAGUACAAAAUGACUAGGUGAUAAGCAAGGCGAGAGGAAGGCUUGUCAACUUUUCUUUUUUUUUUUGCUUUUUAGGGCCGCACUUGUGGCACACGGAAGUUCUCAGACUAGGGGUCAAAUCGGAGCUGUAGCUGCCACAGCCACAGCAAUGCCAGAUUCAAGCCAUGUCUGUGACCUACACCACAGCUCAUAGCAAUGCUGGAUCCUUAACUCACUGAGCCAGACCAGGGAUCAAACCCUCAUCCUCGUGGGUACUAGUCAGGUCCACUACCACUGAGCCACGAUGGGAACUCCUCAUUAACUUUUUGGAGCCCCUGCUAAAUGAAAGGUGGAAACAACCCAAACAUCCAUCCGCUGAUGAAUGGACCCAUAAAAUGUGGUAAAUCCACUACGUGCCUUGCCAGCAUCCUCUUGCGAACCUUCAGUACACCUGUGUGAGGCACAUAAUGUCCUUUUACAGAAGAAAGCAAGAUUCAAAAAAUAUUGAGGAUCUAAUUUUACAAGAGUAAAGGAUCUUAACAGACUUUUCUCCAAAGAAGACAUAGACAUGGCCGUAAGCACACGAAAAGAUGCUCAGCAGGCAAAUCAAACCCACAUGCAAACACCACUUCAAGACCACCGGAAUGGCCGUAAUAAGAGACAGACAGUGACAAGUGUUAUGGCGAGAAUGUGGGACAGUUGGAACUGCCCCACACUCUUGAUGGGAAGGUACAGUGGUGCAGCUGCUUUGGAAAACAGGGGCGGGUGCUCCAAAUAUUGAACAAAGAAUCACCAUGUGGCUCAACAGUUCUGCUCUAGGUAUAUACCUGAGUGAAAUGAACACUAACCCCAAAAAAGAAAUGGUAAUUAUACGACGUGACAGAGGCGUUCGCUAAGGCAUGGUGGAGAUGACUCUGCAACAUAUGUGUGUUAAAUCAGCCCGCUGUACACCUUAAACAUACACAAUGUUAUAUGUCAACCAUAACUCAGGAAAGCUGGAGAAAAACAGGAGUGCCCUGGUGGCUCAGUUGGUUAAGGACCUGGUGUUGUCACGGCUGUGGUUCGGGUCAUAUUUGUGAUUUAAGUUCAAUCCCUGGCCUGGAAACUUUUGCAUGCCUCAAGUGCAGCCAAAAAAAAAAAAGCUGGAGAAAAACAACAUGUGUCCACAGAAAAACAUGUAAAUAAAUGUUCCUGGCAAUACGAUUGGUAAAAGCUGAAAGACGGAAACACCUGACACAUCCAUCGACGGGUGAAUAUUUUUCAGGAAUGAAGAGGAAUGAAGGAAUGAAGUAGGUAUAUGCUACAGCCCAGAUGAACCUUCAAAACAUUAUACUAGGUGAAAAAAGCCGGACGCGAAAGACCACACGUUGUUUCUUUCCAUUUAUAUGAAAUGUCCUGAGUAGGCAAAUUUAUAGACACAGAAAGUAGAUGAGUGGCUGCCGAGGGCUGGAGGUUGGGUGGAGAUGGGGGAAGAGGAGAGACGGCUAAUGGGUACAGGGCGUUUGCGGAAGGGAUGAAAGCAUAUUCAGAAUUGAUUGUGGUGAUGUGUGCGCACAAUUCGGCCAAUGUACUAAAAGCCGCUGGAUUGUCUGCUUUAAAUAGAUGAGUGGUCCCUGGUGGCCCAGCAGUUAGGGAUCCAGCAUUGUCACUGUCCGUGGCUUGGGCUUGAUCCUGGGCCUGGGAACUUUCGCAUGCCAUGGGUGAAGCCAAAAAAAAAAGCCCUUAAAUCAAUGAAUUGUAUGUGAAUUAUACUUCAAUAAAGCAGAUAUAGUUUUGAUUCUGGUAUCUGUAGUUUUCCUCUGUGUGUGUCUGUGUGUGUGUGUGUGUGUGUGUGUGUGUGUGUGUGUGUGGUCUUCCGGUCAAAACAACAACAUGAGAACAGCUGCCUCUUUGGUCUUUGGAUUUUCUUGGUAAAUCUAUAACCCUGAGAAAAAACGACAUGCCUUGGGUGUGCAAUAACACGACUCAGGUUUCUUGUGUGCUUAUGGCUGGCUCUGCGAUGGGGUGUGAUGUAUGGGACACGGUCCUUAUGAGGCAAGUGGUGUGUGGCUGGCUGGGCCCCAGGAACCCAGCUCUGGAGAUGGGCACAGGAGAGGCUCAUCCGGGAGCCCCUGGGGUCAACACCGUGGGAGGAAGGGAAGGGGCAGGCCCGGGCCAAGGGAGCAGCGGACGCAGUCUCAGGAGAGGCCACGGCAGACCCGGUGGGGAGUUCCGAAGAUGAGCUGGCCCUUCAGAGCCUGCGGGCUGUGAGGACCAGGCUUUAACACCACCUUGGCCGUCAGUCGUGGGCUGCUGGCUGCCCGGGAAGACGCGCCUUCUCUCCAGUGAGACGGCGCCCCACGGGGGCUGACAGUGGGGGGUCAGCCUUCCUCCCUGAUGGGGAAUCUGGGGCGCACCCUGAGGCUUCCACCAUGAUUAUUAGCUGCGUUUUACAAAGAAGGGGGAGGCCCCGAGAAGCUACGUGCACUGGGCAGGCCAGGGCGUGGGGCGGGAGGCCUUCAAAUCUGCUGAGGCUGGUGCAGCGCUGAGGGCUUUUAAGGAAACUGCCUCUGCCCUGAGGAGCCUUGAGAGGCUGGGAGCGAGAAGAGACAGCGGUGCACUGCAGAGGGCUGCUCCCUCCAGGGCUGCUGCUCGGCCAGCAGUGGUGGGGCCCUGGAGCACGGACCCCUGGAGGGCCGCCCGCGGGGUGACUUUAUCAAGUUAGCUGCAGCACCCUACACCCACCGAGGCUUUGGACCAGCUGGGAAGUGCCAAGUGGCUAAAGAACCACCUGCUGAGAGAUGUAACAGGAAGCUAGCAUGAGACUCCCAUCACCCCAUUUUCCACAAAUAAUCUAGGUAUCAGUCAGCAAAAAUGGGGCAAAACAAAGGAAAUUAUUUCUAUGAAUGUUGGAAUUACUGUUUUUACGUACAAGCAGUUACUGGUCAAAGCUCAUCCUGGUAAUAGAAACCAAUUCCGGGCAGAUUUAAGAGGAAGAGGACUAUAUUACAAGGAAAUUGGGGAGUUCCUGCUAUGGCGCAACAGAUCGGUGGCAUCUUGGGAGUGCUGGGACACAGGUGCGAUCCCCGGCCCAGGGCAGUGGGUUAAGGAUCUCAUGUUGCCUCCGCUGCAGCUUAGGUUGCAACUGCGGCUUGGAUAUGAUCCCUGGCCCAGGAACUCCAUAUGCCUUGGGGCAGCCAAAAAAGAAAAAAAAGAGGAACUUGGAGCUUGGGCCGCCAGGAGGGCUGGAGAACCCGAGCUGGUACAAGAGGACAUCAAUCCUCGGGGACCCAACCUCGCUGCUGGCCUCCGACACCCUCCGCCCAGGGCCCUCUGUCAGCUCCUGCCAGCUCCCCCCGGAACCCCGCUGUGUUCAGACACCUCUCCAGGCACCUCCCACAGUCUCCUCUCUUGGGACUCGGCCUUAGGGCAUCCGGAGGUGCAGGGCAACUCUCACCCCCGGGAUGCAGGCGUCCGGGAUAAAUGCCCAGGCUGCCACCCUGGCAGCUGGUCCUGCAUGGCUCCCCAGGAGAUGGGAGCCCAGAUGCCCAGAGGAACCAGCUCAACGCUGCUCCCUUCCCCGGCUUGUCCUCCUUCCCUGUCUCAGCGUCUCACACGCGACUCCUUCACUCCUGCUUCCGGGGGACCCGCCCCAGAUAAACUCCAUCCAAGCCCUGUCUCAGGCCCUGCUUUCUGGGGAACACACACUGAGACCCACACAUAUGUUCAAAGCACCCCCCAAAAGGCCUGGCUAGAACCACAUCCACAACAGUGCUUGUGGGAAGAAAGGAAAAGAAUGGAAUUAGGAAGGGGGAGCAAGAGAAUUUCCACCUAAACUGCUCUCAGGUUGGUUGGUUUGUAUAAAAUACACAUAGGAGGAGUUCCCGUCCUGGCUCAGCGGUUAAUGAGCCCGACUAGUAUCCACAAGGACAUGGGUUUGACCCCUGGC